UUUUUUUUUUCUUUUUUUUUCCAGUUUCUAUAUAUAUGAAUGCUUUGUUUGAUACUUUUUUUUCUUUUUUCUCUUCAAUAUGUUUAUUGUAUCUACAAUGACUUUGUUCCUGUAGUAUUUGAUAUUCCACAUUCUCCUCUUGGUAUACCGUGGCAAGGUAUACACACCAAAGACUUUACAUGUCAUACCUAUAUAUAUAUUUAUAUUGCCUUGACUACCCUUGUUUAAUAGGAUCUUCUGUACCCAUCUCAAGACACAUUCAUGAUACAAGUAAUAUUCCUUUUGAAGAACAUAAUCUUGAUAUGCCUUGGUUAGGUAUGCAGUUAGAUUAUACAUAUAUAGAACCUAUCUUGGAAAUACUCAAUUCGACAGAACAACCUCUUUUAUCUAGACAGGAGGCACAUAUUACUGUUAUUAGUCCACCAGAAUAUCGUAUACUCUCAACAUCGACAAAUAUCACCAUAGAUGAACUCAACCAUUUGGCAAAAUCACAUAAGAUUCAAUCCAGUAUAUUCUCAGUCGUAUGUCUAGGCAAAGUCAUACAAAAAGAAAAUAACUUUGAUCAUGUGGUUUAUCAACUCAUUAUCUCAUCACCUUCUUUGAUCAAGUUACGAGAAAGUAUCUUUAGAUUAUUUUAUAUUAGGAAAGGCAAUCCAUCUUUAUUUGAUCCACAUGCUUUUUGGCCUCAUAUUACUAUUGGGUUCACUGAUCAUGAUCUUUUUGUAGAACAAGGUAUUUACAAAGGAUUGAAUGCUUGCUAUAGACCAAUUACAUAUUUAGAUUCGAAAUAAAUAUAUAUUAUUAUUGUUUAUCUUGUUUAAA